CUUCACGUUGUUUGAAUGCCAUUAUAUCUUCAUCGACCUCGCCUAUCGUGGCGUACCGAUAUUGGGGCUGUGUAUGCAUGGGCUUGGCAUGUGAAUGGUCAAUCCGUGAUACAGGCUGACCGGCUCGGCUUUUGCAGACACGCGAAAGGCGUCUUUGCGCCGAAUGCGCCCUUCAACUCGCUCUCGGUAUUCCGAGGCUGCCCUGAGAUACAUUCCUAGCUGAUCAACACGCGUACAAUCCCACUUACUCAUGCAUUUGAGGGUGUUCCGCUGAUGAUAUAAAUUCAACCGCGAGGACCUCUGACGGAGUGUCUUCAUCCUGGUCCUCAUCUACUGAAGUCUACAGCUACUACUAUCCAGAUUCUUAAGCCCCCGUCCACCAUGUACCACACAGAGCAACCCGACGACAACCUUGCUGCCAUCAACAGCGCCACAAUCGGAACCGCCAUGCCCGUCGUCAUUCUUCCAGACGGACAGAAAGUUCAAACUGGCACCGUCGCCGCUUUGCUCAUCAACAUUCGGGCCUACGACGAGCUCGUCAGUGGCUCAAACCCGGACGAAGGAAAGAUGAAUGAGAUGGAAGCGAGAAUGGCUGCUAGCUUGCCCGUGUUGAAGAAAGUUGGCAUAUUUCAACUCUUCACCCCUGAAGAGUGGACUCAAGGAACCAGUGCCGGGCGCAAGUUUAUCGGAGAGCUCGCCUUUAAGGAGGGAGCUUGAGAUCUCAUGCUUCCUCUGGUCGACUAUAAUCCUCAUAAAUGCCGCUGAAGAGUCAAUGAAUUUUCAGGUUAUCAUUACUUGUAUUCCAACCUCGUCUUCUUCAAUUCUUCCAAUCUCAUUAUUCCUUCCUCUUCAUUCCCAACGCUUUCUGACUAUCCUCUUGCAUUGGUGCUUGGACAAUGUUCCAGCCAAUUAAGGACGCAGCUCGCCCUGAAAUGCUGGUUGCUAAACCGGAUGGAAGAAAAGGGCUUGCGGCAACGCGUAUUCACCCUUUACUUUCAGGUCUGUAACUAAGCUAAG